AGGGAGAGUUCACGUCGCCCUGCUACCCUCUGAAAUACCCCAAUUCUCAGGCCUGUAAGUGGACCCUGCAGGCCCCCGCUGGCUUCAUCAUCCAGCUCUCCUUUCUUGACUUUGACCUGGAGGAGGCGCCAGGCUGCAUCUACGACCGGGUUGUGGUGAACACAGGGAACACGGAUGUUCGGUUCUGCGGCCCGACAGCCAACGGGCUGACCUUGAACUCGACGGGGAACGUGAUGGAGCUGUCGUUUACCUCCGACUUCAGCGUGCAGAAGAGGGGGUUCAGUGUUAGCUUCAGACACGUUGCUGUGGCACUGAGGAACCAGAAGGUCACCAUAGAUGGCGGCAGCGGUCAGGUCACAAGGGUUGUCGAGAAGAUUUCCAUACCAGCGCUGGGUCACCUGACACUCUGCUUUGAGCUGGAACGAAGCAGCCAGAAACAGAACGAGUGGAUCUUCACCUACUCGGACAGCAGCAACGGCAUCGCUCUGAGUCUGGGGUCCGAUCAGAACGGCAUGAAGAUGAUCGUCGACGGAGUGGUCUGCCCCAUCAACUCUGUCCUCCAGAACACUGCCUUCACCUCCUCCAUGAAGCCCUUCUGCGUGCUCUGGACAUCGUCAAACGGCCGGGUUGGAGUCUACUUCAACGGGAGCUACAGGGCCAAGACCUGCUCCGGCUCCAGCGGACACUCAGUGCCAGCUGGGGGAAGCUUCCGCCUAGGAGGUUAUCACAGUUUCAGCGGGGACAUCUAUAACCUCCGGCUGUGGGAUUACGCCAUGACGGUGCAGCAGCUGAACGCUCUGAGCUGCGACACGGUGGGGAACGUCAUCGACUGGGACAACAGCCACUGGAGCAUCCCGUCAACGCUGGCCCAGACCGACACCACGCUCAGCUGCAUCUGCUACCCUCAUUGCAAUCACUUAACUCCUGCUGCGCCAUCUAGUGGUGUGUCCCCGCCCAGCAGCACCCCCCUCACCACCAGCUGUGACUCCCCUGGACUGGGCUGCCCAGCUUCCUCUCCUGCAGCUUCAUCCACUGACUCCACUAACACCAUCCAUGCUACUAAUGCCAACACCAACGUUCUCCCUCCCAUCACUCCAUCCACCAUCCCUACCACUAGCAUGCCACUAACCCCAACCAUGAGUACCAGCAGCAGCAGCAGCACAGCCAGCUCCUCCUCCUCCUCCUCCUCCUCCUCCUCUGCUCUGCCUGCCACUACCAUCAUCAUCACCACCAGCGCUGCUACCCCUUCAUCUGCUGCCACUAACAUCGCCUCAGCCAGCACUACAACACAUGCCCAGCAGACAACCAGCAACACGCCAACAGUUUCAUCUGCUCCCACUAACCUCCCAGCUACUAACCCUAGGACCCAUGUUCCAGGAAGAACUCCUCCGCUGCCGUUAGAAACUACUAACCAUCUGUCCACUAACAUAGCUGUAGCCGCUGCUUCCUCUAGGGAGGAGUUGUUCUACAGGAUUUCCUUUGUGGUGGAUGACGGGGACUCGGAGCUGACCCAGGCUGAGGUGGAGCAAGCUGUGGCUCUCUGGCUCAAUCAAACGUUUCAGAACUGGACCCACGCUGUCUACAUCGACUCCAUCAGUCUGCGGCCCGCUGAGCAGAGCCGAGGAAACCCCACCAGUUAUGUGUGCCAGGCACUGCUGGUUUAUUAUUUCAUCAGUAACCAGAGUCUGGGAGAAGCUGCUGUGUCUGCUAGGAUGUGGAGCACUGAAGGCAUGAUGGGAGCUGGUCUGCAUGUCCGAACUGAUUCUACUGAUGUCAAACUAGUCGAAAACUGUCCUGAGGAGAACCCGCUGCACUAUCGCUGGCCUGAGAGCAGACCGUCAGUCACUCAGUACCUGCCCUGUUUCCCUAACAAGGACCAGAGCACCUCCAGAACCUGUUUGAUCAGUCCUCAGAACUUCUCCUCCUAUUGGUCAGAUGCAGAUUUCAGCAACUGCACCGACAUCGACACCAUCCAGGUGUCAGCAGAAAAUGCAGCUGAGGUAGCCGUGCAGCUCGCCGUCAUAACCAACAACGAGCUGUCCAAUGAGGAGGUGUCUAAAGUGGUGACCAAGGUGAAGGAAUUGGUGAACGUAGCAAAGAUCAACAGCUCUCUGGCAACCACCGUCGUCACCAUCAUCUCUAACGUGAUGAGCAGCUCAGAGAGCGCACUCGCUGCUUCAUCAGAGAAAGCUCUAAAAACGGUGGAUGAGUUGGUUCAGAAGAUCGAGUUUGAAGGUUCGUCCAUCAGCAUCACCUCCAGACAUCUGGCUGUAGGAAUCUCCGCCCUCAACACGUCUGUGUUCAACGGGACGUCGUUCAGCGCCUUCAUCCCUCCAAACAACACUGACCCACAGAUUGACUUUGAGUCUGAGCGGGUGAACCCUCUGGCUCAGGUCAUCCUCCCGGCGUCUCUGCUGUCCAGCGUCUCCCUGAGUGACGAGGACAGGUCGUCUCUGUCCAGGAUCAACUUCAUGUUCUUCAGCAGCACAAACCUCUUCCAGAAAAAGCAGAAGAGCCGCUCUCUGAACAGCUACGUGGUGGCGAGCAGCGUGGGAAACUUCUCCAUCCGUGACCUGCAGGAGCCCGUGGAGAUCAAGAUCGCUCACCUAUCUGAGCAGCCGUCUCUGAAUCCCAUCUGCAUGUUCUGGGACUUCAGUAUGAACGAUGGAGCCGGAGGCUGGAAUGGAGACGGCUGCAGAGUGUCUGAGGGAUCCAGCAGCAACAAAACCGUCUGCCAGUGUGACCACCUCACUCACUUUGGCAUCCUCAUGGACAUUCCAGGAGCCGCCCCCCACAUCGACGCCAGGAACAACAAGAUCCUGACCUUCAUCACCUACAUCGGCUGUGGCAUUUCGGCCAUCUUCUCUGCUGCCACUCUGCUGACCUACAUUGCCUUUGAGAAACUCCGCCGGGACUACCCGUCAAAGAUCCUGAUGAACCUCAGCACCUCCCUGCUGUUCCUCAACAUGGUCUUCUUACUGGAUGGCUGGUUAGCCAGCCUGGACACCGAUUGGCUGUGCCUGUCCGUGGCCGUCUUCCUGCACUACUUUCUGCUCACCUCGUUCACCUGGAUGGGGCUGGAGUCGGUGCACAUGUACAUCGCUCUGGUCAAAGUGUUCAACACGUACAUCCGCCGAUACAUCCUGAAGUUCUGCAUCGUGGGCUGGGGCGUGCCUGCAGUGCUGGUGGGGAUCGUCGUGUCCGUGGAUAAGAACUCGUACGGUCUGCAGGAGUACGGCAGAGGCGACUCGGGAGAAGGAUCCUCAGAGUUCUGCUGGAUCAAGGACUCGCUGGUCUUCUACAUCACCUGUGUGGGUUACUUCUGCAUGGUGUUCCUGCUGAAUGUGGCCAUGUUCGUGGUGGUGAUGCUGCAGAUAUGCGGACGCAAUGGCAAACGCAGCAACCGCACGCUGAGAGAGGAGGUUCUCCGAAACCUGCGGAGCGUCAUCAGCCUCACCUUCCUGCUGGGGAUGACGUGGGGCUUCGCUCUGUUCGCCUGGGGGCCCGUUAACCUGGCCUUCAUGUACCUGUUCGCCAUCUUUAACUCGCUGCAAGGUUUGUUCAUCUUCAUCUUCCACUGCGCUCUGAAAGAAAACGUGCAGAAACAGUGGAGGAGAUAUCUCUGCUGUGGACGAUUCAGACUCUCUGAUAACUCAGACUGGAGUAAGACGGCCACCAACAACACCAAGAAGGUGAGCUCAGAAAACCUGGGGAAGUCUCUGUCGUCCAGCUCCUUCGGCUCCAGCACGGCUAACUGGACGUCUAAAGCUAAAGCUACGCUCAACCCGUUCACCAAGAGACACAGCGACACAGAUAAAUGUUACUCCAGCCAGAUCAGCCCUAAGAGCGUCUCGUCAUCCCCGUCCUCCUCAGAGGCGGAGCCUAACUCCUCAUCUUCAUCCUCCUCCAUCCUCCCUGUCAGCCAAAUGAUCGGCAAGGUGAAAGAUUACUGCUCAACCCGCACCGACAACUUCUACAAGAACAUCAUCUUGUCUGACAGCUUCGCCCACAGCACAAGGUUCUAGGUGUUUCCUCUGUUCUGGACUAAACCACCUGGAGCUGCCAUCUUUGUUUCAGACACCGUUGGAGUUUUUCUAGAAACAUUUGUGGAACCAUACCUCUUCACUCUUCAGUGCUUGGAGGGGCUUCAGACAGUCUAGAGCCUUCCAUGCCUCUGAACGUCACCGGCAUCUUUUCAGACCAUUCUGGCCUCAUUUAUCUGGAAGUUCUUCACCCACAUUCUAGAGUCUUUUACUUCUGGAACCCUGCACACCUGCAGUCAUCAAACCCUCAAGGCUUCUUAAGGUCCCUGACCAACCUCCUAGAAUCCUCAAAGAUAAAAUGAAUAACCCUGUCUAAGAAUUCUAGAAACCUAAAGGGUUGUUGAAGUCCCUCACCAACAUUUGAAAACCUUUCAAAAAUCUGGAAGGAACUUUUAGAAAAUCAAAAGUACUUAAUGCAUCUGAAAGUCCCUUUUAAACAUUCAGGAUGGGUUCUGCCUCUUCAGGUCACUGACCAAUAUUCUCAGUUCCUUCAGGAUUCUUUAAAUCCCUCACCCAAGUUUUAAAACCCUAAAAGACUUCUAAAACUUUCAGACCAACUUUCCAGAAUCAUCAAGGGGAAACUGGAAAUCCUUCCAAAAAUUCUACAAUCUAGGAUCUAGAAUGUAGAAUUCUAGGCUUCUGAAAGUCUUUGACCAACAUCCUAGAACUUUUUAAUAAUCUGAAAGGAACUCAUUGACAAUCAGAAAUCCAUUUUGCAUCUUAAAAAUCCUGAUAAAUCUUUUAAAAGAGUUCCAGGACUCUGGGAGUCACUGAAAAGCAUUUUCUAAUCCUUCAAGAAUCUGGAAUCCCUCACCAAAGUCCUAGAGUCUUCAGGGCUUCUCAAAGUCUCUAACCAACAUUAAAGAAUCCCCUGGAAGCUGGAAAGAAACUCACAGUUCUAGAACAUUUUAGUGUGUGGAAGCCACUUACCAACAUUCUAGAACUUUUCAUGAAUCUAGUAGUAACUGAGGAACCAUGGAUAAUGCUCUUGGCUUCUGAAAGUACCUGAAACAGGUUCAAGAGCAGUUGAUGAUUCUGGAGUUCACUGGCGUACGUUCUAGCACCCCUCAGGCAUCUGUACGCUCCCCUACACAUCCAUCAUCCAUCAAGGCUGCUGGUAUACACUGAACUCACGUUCAGAUGCAUUCAGUCAGUCAUCACCAUCCUAGAACAGCCCACCCCCAAGGAUUCUAGAAAUCCAUGGCAAACAUUUUGGAACCCACCAUGAAUCUGGAAACUCUUACCGACAAUAUAGAGCCCUCCUUGAAAUCCUCUAAAAUACUUUCAAACAUCUAAGGCAUCUACAAAUCUAAGACAACACUCUAGAAAUUACUCACCUCCCAGAUUCUUCCAGGCUUUGGGCAUUUUUUAUGUUCUUGACUUCUGGAAGUCAUGGAUCAGCAUUCUAGAAACCCCUAAGAAACGAUGGAGAAACUUUCAGGAAUCUUCACCUGCAAAUUCUAUAGAACCCAAAAGGCAUUGGAAAAUAUCUAGACAAAUAUUCAAGAGUGGUUCAGGCCUCUGGAAGUUACCUCUCAGAAUUAACCAAAAAUAAAGAACUGCAGCAGCGUCUGCAACCAGCAUUCCUCUGGAAAUCACCCUAGAAACCUUCAAGGAACUGUAAAUCCCUCACAAACACUCUGGAACUUAGCAGGAUAAACACACAGGCCAUUCAGGAAGUACUCAGACCCCUUCACUUUCUCUGUUCUGUAGCUAAAUUCUCUUUAAUAGACACUCAGCACCCCAUCAUGACAAAG